AUGACUAUCAAUGAUAUGAUAACUAGCGGCAAUGGGCGGCCACCAUCACCACAUGUAGUACCACCAUCGCUACAACCACAACCACCACCAACAGUAACAGGAACCCCCACAAGGAUCCCCUCUUUCAUUAAAGAAACAACAAAAAACAAAUACCUCCUCACACCCCCCGGAUUUAUUCGACCUGAACUUGCAAAACUACAUAUAUCCACUGCUGCCCAGCAGUACUUCGACACUAGUUCCAUCGUAUUGAUAUGCUGUUUCGAUUAG